ACCUGGGGGCCGCCUCGGGCCCAGCGCCGAGUAUGGGACAAGAUAGGAGAUCCUGGACACGCCACGGCCAGCACGGCACGCAGGGAGAAGCCCGGUGUCCCUUCGGCGGUCCUGGCCAGGACAGCGGCGCGAGCCUGGCCGGACGGGAGCGGGUAGGGGAGACGGCAACCAUCCGACGCUCCACGAGCAGCCAGCCCCACCAUCGGCAACGCUGGCCACCCUUGGAACGAGCCUACCGGAUGGACCCUGACCGCCCUGACCCACGUCUGUCGUCUCUGCCUAAGGAAACCCUGACUCUCCUUCGGGCACCCACGCUUGGAGAGGUCAGCCUGCCUCAACAUCGUUCCCCCCUGCAUGGAGGGAGGAGCCCGAGUCCCCUUCGGCCGGCCCCACUUGCGGGAGGAAGCCCGAGGUCGCUUCGGCCACACAGCCCAGACGGGAGAGCACGACCAUGGAAGGACGGGAACAGAUCUGGGACCAUCUUGGGCCAGCCACGACUGGAGGGAGAAGUCCUGGGCCGCUCCGGCAAGCCACGUCUGGAGGGAGAAGACCGACGCCCCUUCGUCCCGCCUGGCACUGAGAGCGGUGAGAGCAUGGAAGACCGGGAGCCGGUAGGGGAGAGAGUGACCAGCCGCCGCUGGAGAGACAGCCAGGACCACCUGACGAGAGGCUUGCCCCCCCGACCCCUGCCCGCAAAAAUCCAGGCCACCCUCGAAACCCCUCGAAAGAUGCCGUGCUCGGACACCGGCCACCACACGUCCGGCUACGUCAACGUGAACCCCGCCCCUCCUUCAUCUAGCCUCGUCUGCCGCCCAAUUCCUCCACCCUCCUUCAGCCGUCAACGCCUGAAGUGACCCUCACACACGCAUAUACCACCCCCUCACCCUUGAACACCUUCUUCUACACAAUAAAACU